UUUGGACUAAAAUGCAUUUCAUUUUUAUUUUGAAAACUAUUGUAUCUUCAUUUAUGUAUAUUUUAUUUUUCAUCUUAGGUAAUAAAGAGAGACAAAAGAUUAUUGGGCUUAUUAGACGAAGAGGUAAUUAUUUAUUCAAUACAGAUCCUGCGUAUAAUAAAGGAGAGCUGAUAGUUUGUAGAAGACCGACAGAAUCUAAAAAGAAAAUUGCACGCGAUUUUAUAUGUUGUGCGAGUUGUAAAGGUUUCUUCACUAAAAAUAACAUACGUCAUCAUUUUAAAGAAUGUUCGCAAAAGACUGUUGGCAGAUCUAUCCAAGUACUUGGAAGAAAAGUUCAAGGUCGAAUUCACGAACGUGCAAAUUCUAUUUUAAGGAAUGUUGUAUUUCCAGUAUUAAGAGAAGAUGAUCUCGUCCGAUUAAUUAGAUAUGAUGAACUACUAAUUGUUUAUGGCAAUAAAAUGUGUGUAAAAUACAAACAUCAGCAUCAACAAAAUAUGAUAAGAUCACGUAUGAGAUUAUUAGCCCGUUUUUUACAAGCUCUUCGAAAAAUUAAUAAGGAUGUGACAGAUUUCUUUAGUCUUUAUCAUCCAUCGAUAUACGAUGAUUGCAUUGUCGCUGUAAAUGAAGUGGCAGGUAUUGAUGACCAUUUAAAGAUUUAUAAGGCUCCUUCUAACGCAGCAAGGAUUGGCACUCUUCUAAAGCAAAUAGGAAAUUUAGCUGUCUCCGAAUGCAUAAAACAAAACGAGCGGGAAAAAAAACAAACAUAGAGAAUUUUUUAAAAUUAUUACAAGAAGAUUUCAGUGUAUCUGUUAAUAAAACGGUUGAAGAGUCUAUGUUACGAGCUAAACGAUAUAAAUUGCAAGAAUUACCUCCAUUAGAAGAUAUUAAAUUGUUGCACGACUUUCUACAAACUAACAGGCGUUUAGCAUUUCAACACCUUAAAGAUGUGUUCUCGUAUAAUGCUUGGCGAGCGCUAGGAGAAUUUACUUUGAUAUCAAUUCAAGUAUUUAAUAGGCGUAGAGCUGGAGAAAUUGAACGUAUAUCCAUCGAUGAUUAUAAGCAUCAAGAAAAUAUAAAAGAACAACCAAAUCCAGAUUUAUAUGGAUCUUAUCGGCUGAAGCUCGAAAGAUAGCUGAAAAGUAUAUAAGAAUUCUUCUUAGAGGUGUAAAUUAGGACGAUCUGUUCCCGUACUUUUGGAUCGUGAAAUGAAAAAUUGUAUUGAUUUACUUUUACAACAUCGUUGUAAAAGCAGCAAAUAUUCCUGAAAAAAACCCCUACAUCUUUGCUCUACCAGAUUAUGACAAAAGCCGAUUUAAACAUUUGAGAGCAUGUGAUUUAUUACGUACAUAUUCUGUAGAUUGUGGUGCAAGCAUGCCUGAUAGAUUACGAGGCACAAAGCUUCGAAAGCAUAUAGCAACAAGAUGCAUUACAUUAAAUUUAUCAGAACCUGACGUAACAGAAUUGGCCAAUCAUCUUGGCCAUGACAAAAAUAUCCACAUGAGACAUUAUCGGCAAUCCAUUCCGCAGAUUGAAGCAAUUAAAAUGUCGCGAUUACUCAACAUUGCACAAGGCAGUGUUGAAGAAAAUGUGGAUGAAGAUCUGCAGUUUAAUGAACAAAGCAGUUUUGAAAUAAAUAAAAUGGAAAAUUGCAUUGGCGAAGAUAGCGAUGAUUCAAUCAAAGAAACUGAAAAUAGCGGUGCAGUGAAAAAAAGAAAAAAACGUAGUACAUCACCGUACGGUUCCACAAAGCGUAUUAGAUGGACUGAAGAAGAGUGUAAUGUAAUAAAUACUUCCUUUAAACAAGAAAUAAGUGAACGACGUUUGCCCUCAAGAAAACAAAUGGUAGAAGCUAAAAUGAGAAACAAAUGUUUAAGCCGUCGCUCCGUUCCACAGAUUAGAAGUUGGAUUCAUAACCAAAUUUUUAAAAAAUCCAAGUCACGCAAUAACAAAUAAAAUGCAUGUUAUUAAUAAAUAAAAUAAUAAAUGUAAUAAUAAAUGUAAUAAUAAAUAAAACGCAACACAGUAUCAAAGCAUAAUUAAAUUAAUUAUUGAGUCUUAUCUUGUAUCUUAAAAUAAGUCCAGGAAGAAGUUGCUGUUUCUAUUUUUAUUGAAGAUAUAAAUUAUUGAAUGUUUAGCACAUACGUACUACCUGGCACGAAAGGAUAAAAUCGUAUUGUUUCGGAAUUUAUAAAUUAAAAUAAUUAAAAAUGUAAGGAAUCAUUAACCCUUAAAUUCGUAAGUGGGUCGUAAAAACCCUAUAUGAUGUUUCGAACGUUUGCUAUGUAAAGACAGAAUGAGAUAGGAGGUUCGGACCAAGACGUAAAAAAAGUUUAAAAUCUCCUCUUUUGAUUGAUAUAGUUGACCAACUAUAUUGGUAAUUAGAAUUUGAACGGCACGGCUGCAAAGUUUUGUUGAAGUCUGUGAAACUAACAUUGUAUGUAAGCGAAAUAUUUUAUGUAAGUAUUUCAAAUAAAAAAAUUGGAUAAAACACGUUUAAACAGAUCCGUUUGCGGAUGUCGCAUAUACUCUGUCUAAAUUUAGAAUAUUAUAUAGUUCUGUAGAAAAGAAAGCUUUUCCAAAAUAUAUCAUAAAACAAAUUAAUUUUCAAUUUUAGACACUUUGAAUAAAUCAAAAAUACAUUAUUCUUCUUGUUACAUAAGUAUAUUUUUUAAUAGAAAUAA